AUGGCGGAUAAUGCUUGGCCACGCUCGCCAAGAACGUCAGACGAGGGAGCAGAGCUUUCAGACUCAGGCCAAUCUUCCGAAAACGGAGUCAUUCAUCUGGAAAUUGGUGGAGAGACUGCUGAGGAGAAGGAGAAAAGGCUGGCCUGGGCACUGAGAAAAAAACCACUGACCUCGAAAGAUCGAGCACUGCGUCUAGAGGCCCAUAAGACGCACGUCAUAGCUCUCCUCGCUUCAGCUCGAAUCAGAAAUAGAUGGUGCAAUAACAUGCUGCUGAAAGCGCGCUUACUAUCUCUCCUACCCCAUCCUUUACAAUCAGCCUUCAAUAUCCCUCCGUCCCGCUUUCCUGACAGAGCGCAGAGAUCACGGUUGUUCUUUGACGCUUUGCAAUCCCUCGCUACCUGGUGGUCGCAAUCAUUCUUCGACGUCUCUGAUGACACCCUGGGUUUACGUACACGACCUUGGGAUGAGGUCCAAGGGAUAGUCGAUGCGCUUCCGCGAUUAACGAGAAGGGAAAUAUUAGGGACCUCGUUCGGGUCCAGAGGCGAUUCACUUGAUGAAUUAGAGAAGCUCUCGACAAAUUCCGGGGGAGAGCGCCUAAGAUCACCUAAUAGUCUCAUGAAGAAAGUCCUGCAGCAAGAAGGUUCCCGCGACGUCAUGGCACAGCUAUUCGUUGCUCUUGCCCGAGCGUGUGGACUCGGCGCGCGCCUUGUCACAUCCUUACAGGCAAUUCCUUGGCGAGCGGAGAAGCAAUCGACACCGAAGAAAAAGAAGGGAGCCGGAAGAAAUGGUCAGAGUCUGGCCAGCCGUCAGGGCAACGGUCCAGCCUCUGACAAUGAGGAUGACGAGGAGGAUGAUAUGGAGGAGGUCCCAAUUCCGAGUCAUACUGAAGACAGCGACGGAGGGAAGGCACCGCGAAAUAAUACAAAGAAGGCCACCAUUAGACAGGCUGGUCGCAGGAGGCACAUCGAUCCAGCCGACGUCUACAGACUGAGAGCUCCGAAACCGCCGCCACAGACGCCAAGUACCCCAACUGCGGCCAGAAAACGUCCAGAGCUCCUCUCAAAUCAACCUCCUGUGUUCUGGUGCGAAAUUUACUCUCGUUCCGACCAAAGGUGGAUUCCGGUCGACCCCGUGAGAGGGACAAUUCGGAAGAAAUCCCAUUUCGAGCCUGUCUCCGACAACGGCUCUGUACGUAUGCUUUACGUCGUUGCAUACGAAGAAGGUGAGUCGAGACGGGAUGUGGUGUCUAACACGCCAGACGGUCAUGCAAGAGAUGUAACAUUGCGCUAUACCAAGAACUUUGGUGCAAAAACGUCGAAGUUAAGAGUUCCUCUAAGGAAGGAUGAAGAAGAUUGGUGGUCAGAGAUCACGGCAUUCCUACAACGGCCUAACCGCCUCCAACGCGACGAACUUGAGGACGCAGAGUUGGAGACUAGUCAAUUUUCCGAGGGCAUGCCACUGCACCUCAAUGGCUUCAAAGACCAUCCAAUCUAUGUGCUGGAGCGGCAUCUCAAGCGCGAGGAGGUUAUCACUCCGAAGAGAGAGAUCGGCAGAUUCAAAGGCGAGCCAGUUUAUAGGAGGAGCAAUGUCGUGUCUUGUAAAACGGCGGAGAACUGGAUGCGUUUGGGACGACGUGUAAAGAACAAAGAGGAGCCGCUGAAAUGGGUCAAGCAACGGGCUGUCACGCUGCAGAAACGAAGAAUGCAAGAGCUGGCCCUGCAGGAACGAGGAGAAGCGGUACAACAGGGCUUGUAUGCUCAAUGGCAGACAGAUGUUUACAUUCCUCCCCCAAUCCACAACGGCGAAAUCCCUCAAAAUUCAUUUGGGAAUAUCGACCUUUAUGCCCCUACAAUGUUGCCGGCCGGAGCCGUGCACCUUCCAUAUAAAGGCAUUGCAAAGGUCGCUAAAGCGCUGACUAUCAGCUAUGCCGAGGCCUGCACCGGUUUUGAGUUCAAGAAGCAGAGGGCUAUUCCAGUUAUCACUGGUAUCGUGGUCGCAAAGGAAAACGAGCGGAUCGUUUUGGAUGCAUAUUGGGAGUCCGCAGCGGCGGCGGAAAGCCGGGAGCGAGUGAAGAAGGAGGAACGCGCUUUGAAGCGCUGGGUGAAACUGAUCAAUGGCUUGCGCGUGCGUGCCCGACUCCAGGAGGAGUAUGGCGGGUCGGGACAAGUAGGCACUGCGGAUUCUGCAUUUCGCUGA